GUGUUAACAAGGAUCUCGGUCCAUAGUUGCACGAAUUUUCACGUCAACACAGCAGCUGUGCGUCUGUGACACAGAACUACAGAAGCAUUCCUCAAGAGCACAAGAAACGACGUCAUAUCGAGGCGCUAGCGACCCACUCUGAUCGGAGAGGGUUGCACCCCGGUGAAAAUGGAGACCGGCUCAGAUACCCACCCGGCCAACCCCAACCCCAACCCCAAUCUCAACAUUCUGAACAACCGGAACCCUAGUCCUAGCCGGAACUCAGUAAUAUCGGGGACUUCGCCGGUAUGGCCCACCAUCGACGGCCCGCUUGGCCUCUCGGAGGAAGAUUCGCUGAGCUACGCGCGGAGAUUCUACAAGUUCGGAUUUGCAAUGCUGCCCUGGCUUUGGGCCGUGAAUUGCUUCUACUUCUGGCCCGUUCUCCGGCACUCCCGCUCCUUCCCUCACAUCUACCGCUAUGUUGUUCGAUCAGCAGUUGGGUUUGCUGUAUUUACAGCUCUUCUGUCAUCAUGGGCCCUUACUUUUGCCAUUGGAGGGGACCGCCUCUUCGGAUCUGUUUGGGAUCAACUUGUGAUGUACAAUCUCGCUGAGAGGUUAGGCUUGACUGGUUGGAGCUAGUCUUAUGCCCUAGUUUGUGGAUUUCAUGGGUCACACACUUUGGAUUAGCCUUUUUUUCUUUCUUGCUUUGUUUCUAUUUGUUCUCCCCCUCUUUUGUUGGGGAUAUUGCAUGUGUUCUUUUACUUUAUUUUGAACACAUGAUUGUUGUAUAUAUAUUCUGAAUGGCUGUAUUUGUUGGCAAA